GGGGCUUGAUUGGCAGCAAAUCAUUAAAGAGGGUCCAUUAUUUUUCCUUCAUUCCUUUGAAAACCGGCAGAUUGUGAUUUUGAGAAUCUUGGAUGGCAUAUCAGUAACUUCCUCGUAUUCCAGUACACGACUCGACACCAUCGGUUAGAUAACAUCACAUGCAACUAGCUGUAUUUAACUAGAUUUUCCUCCCUGCAGACGCCUCUCUCUUUCUCUUAAUCCAAGUUCUUCUUUUGUUGAAAACUUCAAAGCAUCUUUUCUCAGAGAGCUCUCCAAAAAAAUCUUGGCUUCACACCUCACAAAGUCCAUUCCAUCCACAUUUUCUUUUUCUUUGAAUUCACAUGCAGUUUCAACCAAGAAAUCAUUUUCAAAGGAAUUGGAAUUCAACCUUCCAUUGAAUCCCAGUGCGUGUUGUUCUCAUCUUCUAGCCACUUUUGGUCUGAUCCCACCAUACCAGAUCAUUAAAGCCUCUCCAAUUACACUAAAAGGAAAAACCAGGGAAUUCCCAUAUGAUGGAAGAUGACAAGAAGCUCAAGCUAAUUCUAACACUGUGCUCGGCAGCAUUUCUAGCGACUGUGUUGUGUUUCAUCUACUUGUGUUGUAAACAAAGAAGGCAGAAUGAAGAUGAUGAGAAAGCAAGCUUGGAGUUGAAGGAAAGUGAUGAAGAAAAUAAAGAAAAUUUGGUAACUUUUGAAGGUGGCCAAGAUCUUACUAUAUAUGAUAUAUUGGACGCGCCUGGUGAAGUGAUUGGGAAGUCAAAUUACGGAACUUUGUACAAGGCUAGUUUUACGGGAAGGAGGGCGGGGUCACUGAGGCUGCUUCGGUUUCUGAGGCCUGCUUGCAGCGGAAGAAUGGAGGAAGUUGUUGGUGUGAUUCAUAUGCUGGGGUGUAUAAGGCAUAAUCGCUUGGUUCCACUUGAAGCGUUUUACGCAGGGCCUAAAGGUGAGAAGCUUCUUGUUCAUCCAUUUUACGGAUAUGGGAAUCUGGCGCGCUUCAUCAGAGAUGGAAAUGGAGAGUCUCACAAAUGGGCAGUCAUCUAUAGAAUAUCUGUUGGUAUUGCUCAAGGAUUGGAUCAUCUCCACACAGGAUUGCAGAAGCCUGUAAUCCAUGGAAAUCUCAAGUCCAAGAACAUACUUCUGGAUCGAAAUUUCCAACCUUACAUCUCGGAUUUUGGGCAACACCUCCUCUUGAAUCCAAGUGCAGGACAAGAAAUGCUUGAAAGUUGUGGAGCUCAGGGAUACAGGGCUCCUGAGCUCAUCAAAAUGAAGGAUGUAUGCCAAGAGACUGAUAUCUACAGCCUUGGGGUAAUAUUACUUGAAUUACUUACAGGGAGGGAACCCAUCAAUGAGAACCCAUCAGCUGAUGAGGAUUUUUACUUGCCUAACUCAAUCAGAAAUUGUGGACCCCGCAUUUCGGCUCAAUGCGUUUCCCACUCGAUGGCGAGCUCGAUUUUUAUUUGAAAAAAUUGAUUUUUAUUGAUUAUUUGAAAA